AUGUAUUCGCUCACAACAGCUGCGGCAUCGAAGGAUGCGAUGGACUCCGGACGUGGAGACUACCUGGCUCCAACCUUGGCCAGCCUUCGCGCCCAUGAGGCGCAUCAUUCCUCUCAGAAGCCCCUUCACGACCAGGACCAUUUGGAGUCGGCUUCGACUGGCAUGCCGGAUGGGUCGGCGAGCUUUCCGGUGGAGCAGAUGCCAGAAGCCUUUGAGCCCACGACCUUCACCCUGUGGGAAUCCGAGCAAGUCAGCCUGCCUGCUUCGAAGGAAGAAGCAAAGGCUUCAGAUUCAGCAAAGCCGUCAUCGCAGCGUGAAGUUGUGACCUCCGUUGAUGAAUGGUUCAAUCUGGGGGAGAUUUUUGGCUGCUUUAUGCCGAGAGACAAGUGCUGA